AUGGACGUUAGAGAAUUUUUUUCUCUGUACGGUCGGUACUGCAUUAUGAAGAAUUUCAAUACAUUUGGAUAUUUCACUAAACAUUGUGAGUGUACCAUUUCGAUAGUUGAAAAGCAGUGGCGGUGUUAUUGCUUGUCAACAAUGAUGCUACAAUGGGACAACAUGCAUUUGGCAGUCUCACUGCUAGUAACAAAGCUUUCAAAUUUGUUCCACAUCCUUUCUUCUUCUCUUAUACUCGAAGCAGUUCUGCUACAAUCAUAUUAA